GGUCCUGGGGACCCGGGUUCUCAUUCUCCUCUCUGGAGCUGGUGAGGCUGUCCUUGCUAGUCAGUGACAACUACAGGGCCAAAGGGAGGGUGUGUCCCAGGAGGCCCAGCCCACCUCUGCCUGCACCUGCGGUCAGCGGGGUGCAGAGUCUGUGAAGGCACCUCCCGGAGUGGGGUCUGCAAAGAUCAUGGCCACUCUGCCACCCACAGGGGCCCGGGCCGGACGCCUGGGCUGUGCCGCCUCGGCAACCAGGCCGAGGAAUGUGCAGGUGCGGCCGGGAGCCCGCCGGCCACAGCUGCAUCCAUGCCCUUCUCCGAGUGGUGAUGGCGGGGAGAGGCCUGGCUGUCUGCGGGCAGAUUGCUUGGGCUUUCACAGAAGCCCGCUGUUAGAGCAGGUUCCCGGCCUUGGAUCUGUCUGCUCCAGCUGGACGCCCUGAGCCUCGCCGGGCCCAGUCCACCCCCGUCCACUCUGCCAGGGGCAGCUCAGAGCCCUCGCCACGCGGGGCUGAGCGCAGGGAAGGCAGCAUCACGGAGUUCGCUCAGCUCCACAGAACACCCGUGUUGCUCGCGGAGACUUUUUGUUUUUGUGCUUCUUAUGAAGAGGCAGGUUUUCUUUCUUCCUGAACCAAAAGGGUUUAGAUGGAGCACAAGAUUCAGGCCAUAUUUACAAGAACAAUUGAUUUUUCUGCCAGGCAGAGCAGCCAGUCUGUCUCGGAGGCUGUGCUGUGGUGUGGGGAGGCCCCUUGCUCAGAUCAGCCUGUGCCUUCCCCAGGCCCCGGCCCAUCCACCUGCCCUUCCGUAGGUCUGAGCACCUCUUCUUCCAUGCCCAGGACGACCUGGUCCCGAGUUUGGCCAGGACCCCCUGCUAUCUGCCGUCCACAGGCCUGGUGACAGAGAAAGCAGUGCCCUGGAACAGCAGCCCGGCUUUGGGGUGCUCAGCCCUCUCUGUAGGAUCCCGUGUGGCUCAAGGGAUCUGCCAGGCCUCCAACGGGCAAGAGGGGCCCUGAGCCAUGGAUCCAUUCUGGGCGGAGGCAGCCCCCACAGCCGCCUGCCUCAAAUGCUCAGCCCUAGGCCCUCGGCCCCGUAGCUCUGCAGCCACAGACGGGUGCCUUCCCCAGGCCGAGAGGAGGGUGGGGUCCAGCUGCUCAGGAUCUCACAGGGUGGCCCUGACGAGCACCUUCCCUUGCAGCCACAGCCACUCGCCCGGGUCUAUGGCCACGGUCGGAGAGUGGUCCUGUGUGCGCUGCACCUUCCUGAACCCGGCCGGCCAGCGCCAGUGCUCCAUCUGCGAGGCCCCCCGGCACAAGCCCGACCUCAACCACAUCCUGCGGCUCAGCGUGGAGGAGCAGAAAUGGCCCUGCGCCCGCUGCACCUUCCGCAACUUCCUGGGCAAGGAGGCCUGCGAGGUGUGCGGCUUCACCCCGGAGCCUGCGCCUGGGGCUGCCUUCCUGCCAGUCCUCAACGGUGUCCUCCCCAAGCCACCCGCCAUCCUGGGGGAGCCCAAGGGCAGCUGCCAGGAGGAAGCAGGUCCAGUGAGGACUGCGGGGCUGGUGGCCACGGAGCCCGCCAGGGGGCAGCGCGAGGACAAGGACGAGGAGGAGAAGGAGGAGCGGGAGGAGGAGGAGGGAGCGGCGGAGCCCAGAGGGGGCUGGGCGUGUCCGCGUUGCACGCUGCACAACACGCCCGUGGCCAGCUCCUGCUCCGUCUGCGGGGGCCCACGCAGGCUCUCGCUGCCACGGAUCCCUCCUGAGGCCCUGGUGGUCCCGGAAGUGGUGGCCCCGGCCGGCUUCCACGUCGUGCCUGCCGCGCCUCCACCUGGCCUCCCCGGGGAAGGUGCCGAGGCCAACCCCCCAGCCACCAGCCAGGGCCCAGCUGCCGAACCAGAGCCGCCCAGGGUCCCGCCCUUCAGCCCCUUCUCGUCCACCCUGCAGAACAACCCCGUGCCGCGCAGCCGACGCGAGGUUCCCCCCCAGCUGCAGCCGCCGGUGCCUGAGGCUGCCCAGCCGUCACCCUCUGCCGGCUGCAGGGGACCCCCCCAGGGCUCGGGCUGGGCUGGGGCCUCCCGCCUAGCAGAGUUGCUGUCUGGCAAGCGGCUGAGUGUGCUGGAGGAAGAGGCCACAGAGGGUGGCACCAGCCGCUUAGAGGCCGGCAGCUCCACCUCGGGCAGUGACAUCAUCGACCUGGCCGGAGACACCGUGCGUUACACGCCCGCCAGCCCCUCCAGCCCCGACUUCACCACCUGGUCGUGUGCCAAGUGCACGCUCAGAAACCCCACAGCGGCCCCCAGGUGCUCGGCCUGCGGCUGCUCCAAACUGCACGGCUUCCAGGAGCAUGGCGAGCCUCCCACCCACUGCCCCGACUGUGGGGCCGACAAGCCCAGCCCCUGCGGCAGAAGCUGCGGACGGGUGUCCUCGGCCCAGAAGGCCGCCCGCGUCCUGCCCGAGCGCCCGGGCCAGUGGGCCUGCCCUGCCUGUACCCUGCUCAACGCACCGCGGGCCAAGCACUGCGCCGCCUGCCACACGCCUCAGCUCCUGGUGGCCCAGCGGCUGGGGGCCGCGCCCCUGAGGCGCAGGGAGAGCAUGCACGUGGAGCAGCGGCGGCAGACGGACGAGGGCGAGGCCAAGGCGCUCUGGGAGAACAUCGUGGCCUUCUGCCGGGAGAACAACGUGAGCUUCGUGGAUGACAGCUUCCCUCCCGGGCCCGAGUCUGUCGGCUUCCCCGCGGGUGACAGCGUGCAGCAGCGUGUGAGGCAGUGGCUGCGGCCCCAGGAGAUCAACUGCUCCGUCUUCAGGGACCACAGGGCCACAUGGUCUGUGUUCCACACACUGCGGCCCUCAGACAUCCUGCAGGGGCUGCUGGGGAACUGCUGGUUCCUGAGCGCCCUGGCGGUGCUGGCAGAGCGGCCGGACCUAGUGGAGCGGGUGAUGGUCACGCGCAGCCUGUGUGCAGAGGGCGCCUACCAGGUGCGGCUGUGCAAGGACGGCACGUGGACCACGGUGCUGGUGGACGACAUGCUGCCCUGUGAUGAGGCCGGCUGCCUCCUCUUCUCACAGGCGCAGCGGAAGCAGCUGUGGGUGGCCCUCAUCGAGAAGGCGCUGGCCAAGCUGCACGGCUCCUACUUUGCGCUCCAGGCGGGCCGUGCCAUCGAAGGCCUGGCCACGCUCACCGGCGCCCCCUGUGAGAGCCUGGCGCUGCAGCUCAGCUCCACUAACCCCCGCGAGGAGCCCGUUGACACUGACCUCAUCUGGGCCAAAAUGCUGAGUUCUAAGGAGGCUGGGUUCCUCAUGGGUGCCUCCUGUGGCGGGGGCAACAUGAAGGUGGACGAUUCGGCCUAUGAGAGCCUGGGCCUGCGCCCCCGCCAUGCCUACUCCAUCCUGGAUGUCCGAGAUGUCCAGGGCACCAGGCUUCUGCGGCUCCGAAACCCGUGGGGCCGUUUCUCCUGGAACGGCAGCUGGUCCGACGAGUGGCCACACUGGCCGGGGCACCUGCGUGGCGAGCUCAUGCCGCACGGCAGCAGUGAGGGCGUCUUCUGGAUGGAGUACGGCGACUUUGUCAGGUACUUCGACUCCGUGGACAUCUGUAAGGUGCACUCGGACUGGCAGGAGGCGCGGGUGCAGGGCUGCUUUCCCAGCUCGGCCAGCGCGCCCGUGGGGGUAACAGCGCUCACGGUGCUGGAGCGGGCCUCGCUGGAGUUCGCGCUCUUCCAGGAGGGCAGCAGGCGCUCGGACGCAGUGGACAGCCACCUGCUGGACCUGUGCAUCCUGGUGUUCCGGGCCACGUUCGGCAGCGGCGGCCACCUCAGCCUGGGCCGCCUCCUGGCCCACAGUAAGCGCGCGGUCAAGAAGUUUGUCAGCUGCGACGUCAUGCUGGAGCCUGGCGAGUACGCCGUGGUGUGCUGCGCCUUCAACCACUGGGGGCCGCCCCUGCUGGGCACCCCUGCCCCCCAGGCCUCCAGCCCGUCAGCAGGGGUCCCGAGAGCCUCCCCAGAGCCGCCGGGCCACGUGCUGGCUGUGUACAGCUCGAGGCUGGUCAUGGUGGAGCCCGUGGAAGCCCAGCCGACCACGCUGGCCGACGCCAUCAUCCUGCUCACCGAGAGCCGCGGAGAGCGGCACGAGGGCCGUGAGGGCAUGACCUGCUACUACCUGACACACGGUUGGGCGGGGCUCAUCGUGGUGGUGGAGAACCGACACCCCAAGGCCUACCUGCACGUGCAGUGUGACUGCACCGACAGCUUCAACGUGGUGUCCACACGCGGCAGCCUGCGCACCCAGGAUAGCGUGCCACCCCUGCACAGGCAGGUCCUGGUGAUCUUGUCCCAGCUAGAGGGCAACGCCGGCUUCUCUAUCACCCACCGCCUGGCACAUCGCAAGGCAGCCCAGGCCUUCCUCAGUGACUGGACAGCCUCCAAGGGGACCCACAGCCCCCCGCUCACGCCAGAGGUCGCCGGUCUGCAUGGGCCCCGACCGCUGUGACCACCACGCCUGGGGCAGGGGCUGUGCACAGACGGUUCCCCCACCCCCACACGCACUUUAUGAGGGAGACCCCGACAGAGGACGCUUGAGCCAGAAUCUCAGGACCCUGCCCAGGGAGCUGCCAGCCCAGGGCUCAGCUUCCCAUGGGCCCCCCGCCCCCCUCCCUCCCCUCCCUGAACCCCACAGUCCGCCUGGCCAGGCCUCCCGGCCGCCACGCAGAAUACCUCGAACCAGGCGGGCUGUGAACCAGCCCCGCUCACCUGCCAGCCCCAACACCCGACGGGGGCCGAGGCCAGGCUGCCCCUCCCUGUGGGCUCAGGGUCUCCUGCGGGGGAGGCAGCCAGGAGCUCUGUCCACAAAACCAAAUCUGGGUGUCAGAGGCCAAGACCCUGGGGUGGGAUCAGGGACCACCCCUCACGGGGCAUAAGGUCAGUUUUCCCCCAGAGCCCGGGUCCCUGUCCCCCACAGGGCAGGCGGGGUCCCUGGAGCCCUGGUGUGGAGCGGCGAGUCCCGGGGCGGUGCCUGUCUCAGAAGAAGGGGCCCUUGGCCAGCCCCCCAGUGACACUAUGCAAAUCCUGGAGUGCCCGCCAGGAUCGAAGCCAUGACUGGGUGCAGGCGGGCGCCAGGCCCGCUGUGGGUGGGCACCAGUUCUCAGCACCGCUCACUGCUGCCGGGCACACUGGGAUCAGCAGGCUCCUCAGCCAACCCUGUCCCUCGGCCCGGCCCUGCCAGAGAGGGACCCCAGCACAUCGUGGGCAUGGGCAGGGCUCAGCCGCUCCCACCUCCCCACAGAAGCCCAGGAGUGUGUGGACGUCUGAGCCCAGCUUUCUGCGUCCCCACCCGGCCCUCCUGGCCCCUCACCCCCGGCAGCGGGCCGGCCUCGCCCCCACUCCCCCUCCUACCCCGGCAGGGGCUUCCGGGGCCUUUUCACCUGGAGAAACAUUCCCACUCCCCUUUGGCCUCCCUGUACUCUGAGCUGUGAAUAUUUUUAACCCUGUAAAUAUGGCCAGCUCUUGUGACACAGAGACUAUUUUAUCAACUGUCAGCCCCGUUUCUUUACCAUAGGAUUCUCCACAGUGGUUUCCGACUCAGGCUCCAAUGGACCAAAUAAAAGCGUUUUGUUUUGUAA